GUAAACAACGAGUACUCAAAAAAGGCCAAACUCCUCUUACUCGAGGUAGCAACAUUUUGUGAGACAUCCAAGUCAUCAUGCAAGAUUGACUUCCGCUAUACGACGAUAAAAUUGGAUUCCAAAGUGCAGACCGUGGUACUGAUAGGAAAAUGUCAACCGAACAGCCAGGACAAAGACUUCAUCCUGGGAUCAUUGCAUCUGUGAUAUUUGUUUCAUUGGUUGCAAUUAUCGCUGCAGUAUUGAUAAUCAGAAAGUACUGCUUUCCACGCAGUGAGGCAUCAUAUAGAUAUUCAGUGCUGAUGCGGAUGGAAAAUGAGGGGCCAGCCGGGACAGAAUAUGCUGAUAAGGGGCUACACACAGUGGGAGAGGAGUCAGAUGAGGACCUUUUGGAGUAAGUCUUUCGGCCACAGCAUUGAUGGAAUGACUUGGAAAUAGUCAGAUGUUUUAUUUUUGUUGCAUGGUCUUUUAUUUUUACCUCCCUCUUCUGUCUGCAUUUAAUUUGUCUAUAGCAUUUCUGUCUUCUGUACUUUAGGGGGUUAUACAUUAGAAUACAUUAAAUAUAAAUGUUAAAUAUGAUUAACAUAUGAUAAUUAAAUAUGUUGUUUUGUACAGUUUGUCAGUUGUGGGCUAGCAACUCAGUAUCUGAUGAAACUUUACACUUGACCAAAGACCAUGUGCAAUGGAUUAUGUAAUAAGAAAUUGUUUUUAGACUAAGAGCAACUGUAGCAUUUUUCCUCAAAGAUGCCUACAAAGUUCAAGCCCUAUCCUGACUCUUGUUGGUGUUUUCUAUGGACCAUUCACUCUAACUUCUGAUUAGGAAUUAGAUAGGUUGAGAUAUCAGGGUUAGCUGUCCAUAUAGAAUUUAUAGGUACAGUAUACCCUGCAUUGCAGUCUGUCUGAAUUAUUUCCACAUUCUUAACGUGGUCUGUUGUGUUACUGAUCUCUGGGUAAACCAAAUAUUUUUCUGAAAUUAUUAUAGAAAAAUAUUAUCAAGUGUUAUUUGCAUAUCAUGUGACAUUGUGUCCUGUGAUAUUUACGACAAACUACAUAAAUGGUGUGUGGUUUAGUUACCUAUAUUCUUAAAACAAAAAGGCAUUGUUAACUUUUAUAUUUUUCUAUAUGUAUGGUUGUGUUUUAUGUUUUCUGCACUUAAUAACUUUGACAAACAAUAAAUACCAUGCUGCUGAA